CGUGCAGUGACGUGUCUGGUAGUGUCAAACGGGAUGUAAAAAUGAUCGAAACGGCUUCGCAUAAACCUACUAACCAGGUUUACAGUAGCCAGAAGCAGCCGUUUGGAUAGUUUUGCCUCUGGGAUUAAAAUUUAGCUCCACAGUCGGUGGGUUCGAUCAGGUGGAGCCGAUAGAAACCGGUCUAACUCACUUUUGGACCGGAUACUUUAAUAUCCAUCGAGCUAACUUAGCGACAGUUUGGCUAACCGGAGUUAAACUGUAACAUGGUGACGCCGGCUGAUGGGAACCGUCGUUAACUAGCCGUGUGGGUCAGUUCUGCUUUCUGCCAGGGUGAACUCGCAGAACCAACCCAGCCGGAGCAGCUGAGCGCGGAGAGGAGGAUGUCUCGGAGGCGGCUGGACAGCCGCAGCGGGCUCUCCGCCGGGCUGCUCGGAGAGACCCAGACCCCGAUCAGCUCCGAGCCGCUGGAGAGCGGCUAUGAGGUGACCGGAGAGCUGGGCAGGGGGAAGUUCGCUGUGGUGAAGCGCUGCGUGGAGAAGACCACAGGGAAGGUGUUCGCCGCCAAGUUCCUGAGGAAGAGGAGGAGAGGCCGAGACUGCCGCGCCGAAGUCAUCCACGAGAUGGCCGUCCUGGAGAUGGCCCGGAACAACCCCCGAGUGGUCAACCUGUAUGGCGCUCACGAGACGGAUCAUGACGUGGUCUUGGUGCUGGAAUACGCCGCAGGCGGAGAGAUAUUUGACCACUGUGUGUCCGAGGAGCUGCUGCCGGAGGCUCAGAUCACCCGCCUGAUCCGACAGACCCUGGAGGGGGUCCACCAACUUCACCAGAGCAACUUGGUUCACCUGGACCUCAAGCCACAGAACAUUCUCCUGACCAGCCUGUCGCCUCCAGGAGACAUAAAGAUCGUGGACUUUGGCCUGUCGCGCCGGCUGGGCUCGGCCGGAGAGCUCCGAGAGAUCCUGGGCACACCUGAGUAUGUAGCUCCGGAGGUCCUUAACUAUGAGCCGAUUACAACAGCGACGGACCUGUGGAGCGUCGGCGUCAUCGCCUACAUGUUGGUGACCGGCGAGUCUCCGUUCGCCGGAGACGAUAAGCAGGAGACGUACCUGAACGUGUCCCAGGUCAACGUGGACUACAGCAGGGAGACCUUCUCCAGAGUGUCUGAGCUGGCCGUGGACUUCAUCAGGAAGCUGCUGGUCAAAGCACCUGAGGACCGGCCGAGUGCUGCAGAGUGUCUGAGCCACCCCUGGUUGUGGUGCCUGAGCCCGGAACCCGUUGCCGUCCGAUCUGUUCGGGAGAGGAGCUGCGGCACCAAGUGGGCCGCGCCGCUCGAGGACAAGGAGAACUUCCUGGACUCACCCCACGCCCACGCGAAGAGGACCCGCUUGGACGAGGAGACGUCCGCCGCUGGAGACGGCGACUUUUGAAGACGUUUGAGGAGAGCAGAGAUGGUCUGGCUGAGGUGCCUCUUCCUUCUCUGAGCUUUUAAAUAGUUUUAAGCUUCCAGAACCUCUAAUCUGCUUCACCGAUCAGUUCUCAGAUCAACUACUCCAACCAAAGAUAACCAGUUUAAUUCAUGCUGUGCAGCAUGUUUAACCUCAAGUGUUUGACUCCUGGAUGAGUCCUCCUCCUCUGAUGAAGGUUGAGUUGUAGGAUCCAUUUAGGAAAAUCUAUGCAGUUUGAAUCUAUGCCUUAAAGUAGGAGUAACCUCUCUAGCUACACUUGUUCUUUAGAAACAGUAGCAGCUCUGCUUUGAGGAAGUACCUGAGGGAGAAGAACCGUUCAGGAGCAAUGUGUGCCUGGUGGGAGCGCUGCAGGGGGGCAGGACUACCUAAACGUAGCUCAGGGUUUAGUAACAAACGUAGAGCAGCUCAGCAGAUCUGAGUGGGAGCGUGAGAUCAGGUUCCUCUCUGUCCUGCAGCAUCUCUAGCACUUACUUCAUCUGCACAGCAGAAACAAAGGGCAUUUAUUUGUGUCUGACGCCAUUCCUGUUCUCAUCUCAGGGCGUGCUGCUCCCUUUGUUGUCUGUCCCCACAGGCCUGCUAUGAUUAUUUUUAUUAUUGUUAUUUAUGUGCGGGAUUUAUUCUUUAUAUUUUAUUGAAACAAUGAGCUCAUGUCUUAAAUGUUAGCUGAUUAUAGAGGGAAGCGGCUGAUUCAGGAUGAUUGAGGUGUUCAACUGGAAGCCGGAAGGGUCGGAUUUUAUGGUGAUGUUAGAAAGUCAGGAAAAUUGACGAGUUGAAGGAAGUGAAAACGUGUUGAGAGAACAGAUUAAGGUCGUGUGUAAGAAAUGAUGGCGCUGAGAAAGUUGAAGAGAAAUCUCUGGAAGGUUUGAGGAACAAAGAUGCGACCGAUCAUCCGGUAACAUUCCUCUUCUUAACGUCGAGGUGCCAAACCAAAAAGGACCGUUAUGUGUGAUUGUUGUUGAUGUCACUGCUGGGGCACAAUGAGCUCUGUGAGGCAGGCUGGUGUCUGCAGCCACGCUCCCAUCCCUUGGUGCCAUCAUCCUCUAGAACUGGAACACUGCAAGGAUUCAGCUACUGCAGGGUCCGGUUUGUUACUGUAAGAGAGAAGCUUGAACAUGUUCUCUAAAACCUCUGCUGUCUGCAGUCUGAGCAGAUUGUAACAUGGAGGCAGUUAAACCUGCAGAUUGGCUGUUUUCACUAGAACUUGAUGUUUGCUGCAGAGAUGAGUUUAUUCUGCUGAUUCUAAGCACUCCUCCUUAACUGAUGUCACCCAACGUUCCUGUUUGACUGGAGGAAACUGGAUGUUUGAGUCAAACCAGCCACAAGCACAAGAGAAGACCGGUCGAAAGGAUGUAGUAUCUUUAUUUUGCAUUUUAUUUGUAUGUUUUUUUUAAUGUUUGAACAUCAUAAUUACAUCUUCAAAAAGAAGAAAUAAUCUGUAAUGUGAUCAACUGCUGGCUAAUAUGUAGGCAUCACACAGCAAACUGGAAAAAAGCUCAUUAAAGGUUGUAGAAAGUAA